UUAAAAUAUGCAGAAUGCCAUUUGAUCUCUCACUAACUUUUCCUGUUCUUACAUUUCAGAACUGAGAAGAGAAAAUGGCAGAAUUGGACGAACGGCUGUGCCGGUUACAAAAUGAAUUCAAAAAAUUGAGAGUCGACUCCGGAGGGGCCAGAAGACACGGAAAGUCGCCCAAGUACGGUGCCUCGACCAGACAUGGGGCCAAGGACUGCGUCCCCAACAAGACGUCGAGAAGUGCAGCCCUUCGACACCUUGCUUGCCCCGAAGCCGUCCACCGUCUCUUUCAGAUUCCGGACCGUCCUACCCGGACAGACGGAGGUGCCACACACACGGGUUUUGGGAGGGAGGAAGGGAGGCCAUCCAGUGGCCCGUCGGGAGCCGAGACGUCGGACGGAGGAGAAAAGAGUCGUGAGCUGACAUGUUCUCGACAGGCAAGAAUGGACGAUGUCACUGUCGACGAAUUGGCAGGAUAUUUCGACAAUCUGGUAUACAUCCCGCGUAAGAUGUCACACAUGGCAGAGAUGAUGUACACGUAGAAACUGGUCCCGAGGAAAUUUACAAAAAACUCUUUAUUUGGAAAUACAUCUGUAUUACAAUCGUCGAUAGCAAUAAAAUGACAAUUUAAAUCA